CUCACACAGUGUCACACCACAUGAUGAUUGAGGGUUCAGAAAGCUUCAAUGGCUACAAGUCAUUAUUUUAAGUAGGAAGGCCCGUUCCGGUUUUCAAAAAGAGAUCAUGACAGGAACUCGCACGGCUUACUAGUACAACCUCGAGGCGGAAUUUGCAGCCGAAUGAUCAUCGAGCGUCUCAAUUCCUGGUGUUCCUCAGCGCCAUUUUCUUCUUAUAAUCGGCUCUCUUCGCACACUUCAUUUCCCUUUCCGUCUCCCCUCAUCGUAGGAGUCUGUCAUCCAUCGGUCAUAUGAAUGGCAGGUAACAUAUCCCAGUUCUACGUUGAGGACGACUCGCCGGAGAUUGUCUACUACCCAUUCGUAGACACAAGCCUCAGCCCUAAUGCUUCUGCAGGCUGGGAGCAGUUCUACUCGGUUUCGGGUGCUGCUUCUUCUCCAGGUCAGGUUGGUGUAGGAUACAGUACACAUUUUACCAAUCUCAAUGAAGCAAGCUUCAUGAUUAAAUGGAACGGCACUGGUAUUGAUCUCCUGGGGAAUGCUUCCAAUGCAUCAUAUCAAAUAACCUUGGACGGAAUUAACAUUUUUCCCAAUACAUCUGACCCGGAAUCCAUCCUUGCAUCCUUGCACGAUUUAACGAACACAAACCAUACAGUGUUGUUGACGACUUUCACGAACCAAACUACUCCAGACUCGUAUAUAGUUUUCGACAAGGCUCUCAUCACAUAUACAGCCCCCUCUGGCAUUAUCAACUCAACGACUAACUCAACGACCAUCGAUGACGAUAACGACAUCGCAUUCGUUGGUAGGUGGAGUUAUGUCACUGACAGCACGGGAAAUUCUAUGCAUAUGUCCAACACCGCCGGUGACCAUGCUCAGACCACAUUCAUAGGAUCGGCCUUAACUGUCUACGGCCUCGUGUCUUCGUUUUCUGGAGAUUAUUCUGUCACAAUUGAUAACAUCACCACUAGCUUCUCCGCUCUAUCCUCAUAUAAUAAUUCAAAUGCGUUGCUAUAUUUCGCUACGGAACUGUCUCAAGAUACCUCUCAUACAGUCGUCCUCACCAACACUCAGAACACAACAUUUGCUAUGAGAGUUGGUGGGAUGAACGUCACCGCCUUCGGCAAUGACACUACUACAAGUUCCACCAUCCUGUCCUCAUCAAGCAGCUCGAUUUAUGCCGGGACCAUUGCCGCCAUUGUACUCGGUGCUGUUCUGGUGAUCCUCAUAGCGUGUAUCCUCAUAUACUGGCUAUUCGUUGUUCGCCCGCGUGCUCGUAGGAGGCAGAAAUUGAGCCAAUCCUACUCCAGGAAAAUGAUGGACCCAGGACGUGUCAUUGACAUCAGCCCUCCAUGCGAAGAAGAGACCGAAGUGGAAAGCUUGAGUACCAGCAAAGGGUACGGAUUCGGACUCGGCCUGCAACGCACCUUCCCCUUCGUCCGCAAAACGAAAAAUGGGGGUGGCAGCAGCAGCCACGUUGACAACACACGCUCGCGUUCCGUGUCCCACGUUGCAAUUCCGCCUGAGGAGCGAGGCGACGACAAACGCUUAUCGGCCAACACUCUCACCAUGGAAUUCACUGCCUUGGGUUUUCCACCGGAAUCUGAGAAACUAGCGCCGGGCUGGACUAAUCCUAUCGCACGCACGUCGUUUGGCUCUAUGGGAAAAGGACACACACGAGCAGGAAGCCACAGAUUGGCGCUUCCGGAACUGUAUGUGGAAGAGGUGGGCGUAGAGGACGCGUAUGAUGAUGACGAUGCGGACGCCAAGACCCUCACGUCACGGCAAGAUGAAACACUUGCAGCGACACUUUCCCUUAGCCCGCGGACGUCGGAAGCGCCAGGCGUCUUCGUUUCCGCUGUGCGCUCAAUUGCGGGGAUUGAGAGUGCCGUAACGGAGAAUGAUAGCAGGGACCCUGCGUCCUCUGUACUGUCUCGGCCUGGCUCACGGUUCCUGGAAGUGAGAGAGACCAGCCCGUUCAGGGUAGAUGUGGGAGCUAUUCUCGGCCAGCUCAGGGGACGUCAGGACUCACGACGGACGAGUGGGAGCGGAAGUAGCAGUUGGUCUCGGGUUUGUGCCAGGCUCUACCGAAGAGCCCACAGAGAUGACGGGAAGCAGAGCAUCCACGAGGAUAAGUCUCAGAACCCCAGCCCUGAGUCUGUCCCGGUCGUUAUGCUCCAAUCAGGAUCGGGAUCAGAGCCUCCUCCAAGCGAGGACGCUCCUGCCUCAGGCACUUACUCCUUCCUCGACUUCACCUCGUCGCAUUCAUCAUUACGUCGGCAAUCGAAGACCACCACGCUAAGCUCAGCCGCAGCCGAAUUGGGGCACAGCGGAGUCCGUACGCCAUGGAGUGAUAGUAGCACGUCCAUACGGAUGGUACGCAUUGAACGCGAUAAACCUGGUGACGCAAUGCAUUCUGUACCCGAUGCACCUUCCACUGUGUCUCAGGGAUCUCAGAACGAAAGUCCUUCCGAUAAAUCUAAUGCUCAUUCUUCGCCGUCUGCGCAUGCUACACACACUACUCACGGAUCCUCGUUUCCCUUCCCUAUCACUAUUCCGCCUUCAUCGCAUAUGCCACACCCCUUUAAUAUCGACUACCAGCGCGAAAGCGAGCCUGAGGAACCCCAGUCUUUCUCACCCCCUAGUCCACCAUCACCCUCCGUGCCCCGACAAGCGCAGGCCCCUUCAGAACCCCGGCAUUCAGGUCUCCUAUCAGACGCAGAUUCUCCCGCCUCUCCCACAGAGAGCGUACCCUUCUCUGUAUCCGACGUCUAUUUCCGACAUAGUUACUCCGAUUACACCGACAUUGAUUCGCGAAGAGAAAGCGCAGCCUCUACCCUACCUCCACAUCCGCCUCUCCCUAGCUCGCAGCCAAACACUCCACCGCCGUACAUUGUGCAGCGUGUGCUUGGAAUGUCACCCGUUACUCCAAACUCUCCUGCGACCCGUCUUGCAGCAGGUCCUGCAAGCCAUUCCAGUGCGGGACGGGUAUUCCGACCUGGAACAUCCCCUCUGGGAUCUUCUCCCAGAGGUCCUUAUCGGAUGGGCUCAUUGAUUGGUCCUAGACCUCGACCUUCGACAUCUGGAUCGCCAAACUUGCGACUACCUUUACAAGGCUCGUGGAGUGCAACGAUCAAUGAUAGGUUGCCGUCUUCUCAGAGAUAAUGAUGACAAUUUCUUGGACGAUAUAUCCGAUCCUUCUCUCAUUUACCCACUGUUUUUUGGAAAUACCCCAGUUUGCACUGAUCAUGCUCUGGUCUCACAGACCAAGCUCAUUGUCGCUCAUUUUGGGUUAUCGUUCACGUCACGCAUUUGUACCCUACUGCAAUUUUUUCACAAGUACAAUUCUUUGUUUUUCAUGAU